AUGACUGAGCCGAGCAACUUUGAGAAGAUCAGUGGGGCUACCGCUAGCGGGGGGAUGAUUGGAUUGAUGGUGGGGACCGUCAAUGCUAUUCUGGGCGAGAGGCAGGCCGGCACGGGCAAGAUUGCAAUCUCUCCAAAGAUGUUAUCGAACAUGGUCACGUCCACCGUCACAGUCGCAGCGGUCGGAGGAGUAUACACAGCGACAGCAGCAGCGAGCGAGUCGGUUCGCGGGAAGGACGACCUGUUGAACCACGUGAUUGGUGCCUGCGCUGCAAGUGGAGUGGUUGGAGCGAGGUUUGGCUCUGUGAGGAUGGCAAUGAUCGCCUGUCCUCUGUUCGCCUUCAGCACAGCAGUGGUCGGGUUGUGCAAUAAUGGCUCCCUUUUUCCACCCAGGAACGUGGUUGCUACCAAGCACCCCUUGCACCUGCACCAGUACGACGUGGACAAUUCGGCGGCCCACUAG